UAUUAGAGGGUUCUGAACCCAAAGCGAUGUCGAUGGCUGCAACAAUGUGUUGCCGAUCCAAUAGCUCACCACCGCCAUGGCAUGUCGUUGUUCUGCUCGCCGGCCACCUUGACCCCGAAACGCUAGCCAUGGCAUCAUGCGUAUGCAAAUCGUGGUUCCUUUGCAUGUCGUCGGACCAUCUCUGGAAACCCAUUUGCAAUUCCCAGUUCCCCUCCCUCUCCAGUCUCCAGGUCCACGCCGCAGACUCCGCCGUUUCCUACCGCCAUCUAUACGCUCUCGCCCGGAUAUCCGCCAGGCGCCGCCUUCAGAAGCCUCCGAAGCCCCGUCUUUCGCUCGCCAACCUCAUCUUCACUAUUGACGUCCACAAUGAGGACGAUUCUUGUAUUUUCAACGUAGUAAAACCGGGCGCGGAACUUAAUACCGAUGCCGACGGCGUAUUCCGGUUCGACAUAGACGUGGACGAUGAGAAUCUCUGGGCGGUGGAAGACUUGGAUGUGUUGAAGAUUACGUGGAACAUGGUGUUGGAAGGGUUUAAAGGGAUGUUCACAAUGAUGGACUACUGCAAGGGCAAAGGCAGCUUCCUGCCACGGACCGAUGGGUGGUUCUCGGCAGAGCUUCCGUCGCCGGGGUGCUGUUCGAGCCUCUCUGGGAGUGGGUUUGCGGCGGAUUUGAGGUUAGGGUUGAGGCGAAAGGGUGGGAAGGGGGGCAAGAUGACGGUGGCGAUGGUGGGAGUGGGUGUGUUGAGCGUCGUUAGCUGGAGAUAUGUUAGCAUUGAAGAUUCUAUGAGAUAUUUGGAACAUUUUCUUCUGCCCUUGUAACUUGUCACAAAAUCUUAGCCUAAAAUUAAAUAGCAAAAUAUUUUUCUUCUUUAUGUAAAUAAUUUAAUAUAGUAUUAAUUUUCAAAUUAAUAAUGCAUUCUUUUAAUUUUAAUCAAAUAAAAUUGUUACCUUAAAA